UAUUGUUGUGUUCAUGUUAUUUUCUCUAUAACACAUUUGGUAGUGUAUAUAUCAUAAUAGUUUUGAUAGCCAUCAUUUUUUUAAAUUUAGAAAAUAAGAAUGACAGCUCUAUAAGUGCUUAUUCCAUAUUUAAUAAGGGGAAAAGAUAUUUAAUAGGAGAUUUGAGGAUGAAUCAAAUUGAAAAUGAAUUCAGAAAUACAAAAUAUAAUAACGACAGUGAAGAUAAUUUUUUAAGAUACGAAGAUAUUGAUAAAAAUAAAUUUUAUAUUAAAGGAUCAUCAAAAUAUAAUAAUAAACUAUGUACAUGUGGGUCUAAAAAAAAGUUUAAAAAAUGUUGUGGUAUCAUUAAAAAUAAUUCAUCUGAUUUUUAA